AUGGCCGCGCCCACUGCUAUACUGUCAGCGCCCGCAGCAUUCACGUUCUUCGACGUGGUCCCUGUGAAGGACGUUCACGACCUGGCCAGCACGCCCGAGAUCUUCAAGAAAACACCAGAGAUAUCGACUGUCGCCGCAUCCUCGGUCGGACCUUUGGUAGCGGAUAUUCAUGGAAGCAUCUACAGCCUCAAUCGCGAGUUCGAAAUUACGACUAGCUGGAUAGCACACACUGGCGGGCGCGUGACACAUAUGGUUGAGCGGAAGGGCAUCCUGGUCACCUUGGGGGAGGAAGACUCUGCCAGACACCCUGUCUUGAAGGUAUGGAACCUCGAAGUGAUGGACAAGAAGACCGGGACCCCGGUGUUGUUGCGGUCGAUAAAGCUCCAGAGCGGCAGCCGACCUCAUCCUGUGUCAACAAUGGCUGUUACAGCCAAUCUGUCCUAUCUCGCUGUCGGCCUCGCUGACGGGACAGUUCUACUCUACCGGCACCUCGACCAGUCGAUCUUCUCUGGCUCCACUUCGCUCACGGCACUACCCAAGCCACGCACAGUACACGAAUCUCCAGCCGAGCCUGUUACAGGUCUCGGCUUCCGCGAGCCCGACGAGGAGACGCAGAACGCAUCGGGUAAGGGUAGCGGCGCAGCCCCGACUGUUGUGAGCGAGGCUGGCUGUGGGCUGGGCUGCGCUACGAUGGAUCGACACGCCAAAAACAUGGUGGUGGCUAAGGACGAAGCGAUCUACGUCUGUGGUACGGAUAGUCGCGGAUCGUCUUAUGCGUAUGAAGGUCCCAAGGCUUCUAUCCACACGCACCGGAACUACCUCGUCAUUGUAUCCCCUCCUAUCAUUCCAACUGUGACGUCUGCUUCGGCGACGGUACGCAACUUCGCCGCCAGAGCGAACUCCUCUGCCAAUGCGGAUAUCACGAAAGUUGCUGUAUUUGAUCUCGAGAACAAAUUCGUCGCCUACAGCGGUACGUUCAACGAAGGCGUACGAGAGGCCAUCUUCGCCUUCGACAAGAUCUUCGUCCUGUCCAACGAUGGAGUGUUAUCUUGUUUGGAAGAGAAGCCUACGCCCGUCAAGCUGGACAUGCUGUACCGCAAAGGUCUGUACCCCACUGCUCUGAAUUUAGCGAAGAGUCAGCAGCUCGACGAGGCGAGCGUCGCGGAGAUCCACCGACAAUACGGUGACCAUCUGUAUACCAAGGGCGACUACGACGGUGCGAUGCAACAGUUCAUCAAAACGAUCGGCCACGUCCAGGCGAGCUAUGUCAUUCGGAAGUUCCUCGAUGCCCAGCGAAUACACAAUCUCGUCACGUAUCUACAAGAGCUGCACGCGCAGGGACGGGCCAAUGCGGACCAUACAACGCUCCUGCUGAAUACGUACACUAAGCUGAAAGACGUAUCCAGGCUAGAUAGCUUCAUCAAGCGUGAAGCGUCUCGUGAGACGGACGAGCUGCCGUUCGAUCUAGACACUGCUAUUCGUGUUUGCCGCCAAGCGGGCUAUUUCGAGCACGCGUCAUACCUAGCGAAGAAGUACGAACGGCAUGAGGACUACCUUCGAAUCCAGAUCGAGGACGCAGGGAAACACAAGGAUGCUCUCUUGUAUCUAAGGAAGCUAGGGACCGAGGCUGCGGAGGCAAACCUUGCUCGAUACGGCCGCGCUAUGCUCAACAAUUUACCGGAGGAGACGACACAACUACUGAUUGACAUCUGUACCAGUCUUGUCCCACUCAGGUUCGACGAAGACGAGGAGCGUGCGACCCCGAUUCGCCAAGCCAGUAGCAACGGACCUUCAUAUCUCUCCUACCUCGCUCUGAACCGUUCAGCGACACCAGCGCAGGCUUCAGAGAAUGUGCCGCCGUCGUCUGCUUCUACUAUGACUGCUAGGCCUGCAGUGAUAUCUGGACGCGACUCUGCUCCCGAGACAUCGAGAGCGUCCACCCCUCCUCCUGCGACGCCUACGGUACUAUCUGUUGCAAAGACGCGAUCAGACGGAGUCAAGCGUCCUUCGCCACGGCUCUACUUUGCCCACUUUAUAGACCACAGAGACCACUUCGUGCGUUUUCUUGAAGCCGUGGCGCUCAAACGUUGGGGGCAGAGCGUGGACGUCAGCGUCGCGCCCCAGUCGGUCGAAGCCGACCCAAACGCCGACGAGGUUCUUGAAAACCAGGACCAGAUCGCGGUUUGGAACACUCUGCUUGAACUGUACCUGGGUCAUACGGACGACGUUGAAAAAGCGCUACGUGUUCUACGCAGCACGGACAUCCCUUACGAUCCGACUCAUGCUCUGAUCCUUUGUUCAACGCGCUCAUUUGCCCCCGGACUGGUUCUUCUGUGGGAGCGGGCGGGCAUGCAUGAAGAUAUCGUCCCCUCUGCCGAGAUUGUACGGGCGCUCGACAAUUAUGGCGAUGAACAUCCUGGGCUAUAUCCGCUGGUACUCCGCUUCCUGACGUCGUCACCAGAACUGCUCUCGCGUCAUACGGAGGACUUGCAGCGCGUGUUGAAGGUCGUCGAAGAAAAUAACAUCAUGCAGCCCUUAAGCGUCGUGCAGGUACUCAGUCGGAACGGUGUGACGAGCGUGGGUCUGGUUAAGGACUGGCUGAUGGCGAGAAUCAGGCAAGGGCAAGAGGAGGUGCGAACGGAUCAGCAGCUUAUCGACUCAUACCGCGCAGAGACCCAAGUCAAGUUGCGACAAGUCGAGGAGCUAUCUGACCCUGAUCAUCCUCGGGUAUUCCACGUCACUCAAUGUUCUGCGUGUCAAGGCCAGCUCGAUCUUCCAAGCGUGCACUUCAUGUGCAACCACAGCUACCACCAACGAUGUUUGGGCGAGCACGAGACCGAGUGUCCCAACUGCGCCCGUUCGCAUGGUAUUAUCAAGGAGAUCAGACGAAACAAUGAGCGGUUGGCGGAUCAGCACGACUUGUUCCUGCAGGAGGUUCGGGAGGGUGGGUUUUCUGCGCUUGCAGCAGGCUUUGGGCGAGGAUCGCUCAACGCUGCGAGACUUGAGGAUGUCAGCGCGUAGAUUCCUCAGGUUGGGCAUACCUCUGUACCCUCUGCUUGCGUCCAAGCUCUCUUUGACAAUUGAUGGCUGCUUCUUUUUUUUCGGUCGGACGCGAAGAACGUCCCUAAGUAUACACAACACAAUGCUUAUUUUCCUUCUAGAGUGCGCCACUGGCAACGCCGAACGGUCCCAGCACGAGAUCGGCGUCACCGGGUCAUGGCCGAGUCG